AUGAUGGGCAAUCCCGCAUGGCUUCCUCAGCCAGUUCAGCUGCAUUCAAGCCGCGCAUUCGUAUGCGAUCCACUCACUGCCGAACAAUGCGCCUGGUAUAAGCAACGCUGGCACUAUUGGUACAUCGCCGACCAUGUUUUUGCCCUGCCAACAAUUGCAUUUUUUAUGUGCGCCAUCGGCAUUUUCAUUAUUGGCCAUUUCAUAUCGGGAACCCUUGGCUAUCGACGAUCCCGAGGGCCCCUAUUAUGGCAGAAAUUAAUUGCUGUUGUUCGAUAUCUCUCUUAUCGUGGUUUUCACGUCAAGUCGUUAAAAUGGAACUCAGCCCCGGUUGGAAUUCUUCUCUUGGGACUUGUUGGGACCAUCUUCUUCUUCGGUAUGGACUUGAUUCCACAGCCUUACUAUUGGUCAAGCAAGAUAUAUGGCAAUUCGCCUGCCCUGGCAACCAGAUCUGGAUGGCUGAGUCUGGCAUGCAUGCCAUUCAUCUUCGCGACCGCAAGCAAGACGAAUUGGAUCACACUGUUGACGGCAGUUUCGUACGAGAGACUCCAGGUCUUCCACAGAUGGAUUUCUUAUGCCUUUUUUAUCCUUGCGCUCAUGCACACAUUCCCAUUCAUUGUAUACCACAUCAGAUUUCAUGACAUACACCAUCACCUUUCGUCCAAUCUUGUAUUUUACUGGACCGGCAUCGUUGCGUUAGUCUUUCAAGCAUGGCUCACCUUUGCGUCUCAUAGCACAAUCCGAAAUCUCGGUUAUGAAUUCUUCAAGAUGACGCAUCUCUUCGCCGUCGUUCUAUUCAUGGUGACAUUCUUUUGGCACUGCGGCUUUAGACUCAGCUCAUGGGACUAUUUCAUCGCUACAGCCGCUGUAUAUGUUCCUUGUUACGUCUACCCCUGGCUCCGAACCUACUUUGAGUACGGCGUUGGUCAGAAAGCUCAGCUUCUUGUGGAAGACAAUGGUUUCAUUCGCAUCACAGUUCCGGUUAAGUUCAACUGGAAACCAGGGCAGCAUUGUUUCCUGCGAUUUACAAGCUUUGGUCUACUACACACUCUCUCGUCUCACCCUUUUACUAUCUGCUCUUUGCCUGCGGCGGGGCCGAAUGAGCAAUCUGAACUCGUCUUUUAUAUUCGUCAGGGAACCGGCCUCACUGCUAAGUUACAGCAACAUGCUGUUGAACAGCCUGGAAGUUCGGUGCCCGUACUCAUCGAUGGUCCCUACGGUGGUAUCAAUGAGCAGCAGUAUUAUGAUGGUGGACAUCUCCUCGUCAUUGCAGGCGGCUCGGGCGCAGGCUGGUGUUUCCCGUUCAUCGAACAAUUUGUCAGGCAGCGUUGGAUGUCAGCAGAUGAGGAGCAUGGCCAAAUCGUGUCAACCGACGACAAGAGCGAUUUUCCAACCAAAGUCGUUUCUAAAAGCGCCAGUUCUGGACCUCUCUCGCUGCGUGUCAUCAUGGUUACUCGAGACUUCAAUAGCCGCACAUGGUUUCUCCGUACCAUCAAUGAGCUGUUAGCAAAAUCUUCAGCAACGGAUUCAUCAUCUCAUAUUGACGUACAAGUCUAUGUGACCGGAGCGGAUUCACAAAAUGUCAAUUCAACACAUAUAGCUAUAGAAGACCCGGCUCCGAAAGAAUCCGACACAUUGGCAGGUGAUAAAAUAAUUCCAGAAGAGGGACACAAGCCCAUUUUGCCAGAAAAGGAGUGCCAGGGCCGGCCACAGCUACCUCAAAUUAUCCACGAGGAGGCAACCAGGGUAUUGGAAUCUGAGCAAUCGCUCAACGUCUAUGUUUGUGGACCUACCACAAUGCAGAACGAUGUACGAAAUGCUGCCGCCGAGGAAAACCUAAACAUUAUUACAGGUUCGAAAGCCGGUCAAGUCUAUUUUCACGCCGAACAUUUCUCGUGGGCAUGA